ACCUUCUCGUGUCUGGUCGAGGUGCUCUGGAGUGUACCUCUGAAUCAAGACAAGGAUGGCUCGGAGUUCGCGCAAUCCCUUUGGCUUCGGUCCCUACGUCGUCACCUUCUUCACCGUUGUCAUCUACGCAGGCCUGCUCGCCGCCCUCAUUGUCACCCAUCAUGUCCUGCCGCCAGCCCCAAGCACUCCCACCCCGAGCAGCUGGCCCGGCGUCAACAUAACUCAAGCCUGGCACGAUCUCGAGCGCCUUAGCAGUGGCUUCCACCCUUUCAACAGCAGAGACAAUGUCGCUGUUCGCAAGUGGCUGCUAGCCCGUGUUGGAAACAUACUUGAUGCCAACAAGGUUGAAUGGAAAGAGGCCGCCGAGGCCACCAAGACUGCUCUGCCUGUCACUGUCUUUGACAAGGAUACGAGCAAUAUCACAUACACCGACCCGAGGGGUUACACCGUCUACUAUGAGAGUAACAAUAUAAUGGUCUAUGUCCGAGGCGCCCAAGACUCGCAGGACGAAUGGUGGCUCAACAAGACGAAGUACGAUGGUCCUGGCGGCGUUCUGGUCAACGCUCACUUUGACUCUGUUAGCACUGGCUUUGGUGCGACCGACGACGGUGUUGGUGUCAUUUCGGUACUGCAGCUACUUUCCCACUUCACCAAACAAGAGAACCAGCCGCAUCGUGGAAUUCUGUUCUUGCUGAACAAUGGCGAAGAGGAUGGUCUAUAUGGCGCAAAGGCUUUUACACGUCAUCCUCUUGCCCAGUUUCCCCGUACCUUCCUCAAUCUUGAGGGUGCCGGUGCUGGUGGCAGAGCUACCUUGUUCAGAAGCACUGACACCGAGGUAACAAGGUUCUACUCCAAGAGUCCUCAUCCCUUUGGCAGUGUCGUCAGUGGUGAUGGCUUCAAGAGAGGUUUAGUGAAGAGUGGCACCGAUUACUCCAUCUUCGUCGAUGAUCUGGGCAUGCGCGGCCUGGACGUCGCUUUCAUGGAGCCUCGUGCAAGAUACCAUACUAACCAAGACAAUGCUAGAGAAACCAGUGUCGAGAGUUUGUGGCACAUGCUCUCUUCUGCCUUGACCACUGUGCAAGGUCUUUCGAGCGACACCAGUGACCAGUUCGAACGUCCUUCGGGCCAUGAGUAUGGCAAGCACGACAAAACCUCUGGCAGCACUGGUGUCUGGUUCGACCUUUUCGGACGUGUUUUUGCUGUCUUUCAGUUGCACACUUUGUUUGCUCUCUCCGUGACUCUGCUCGUUGCCGGUCCCAUCUUCUUGAUCCUCUUCGAUGUUAUUCUCCACAAGACCGACAAGUGGUAUCUGUUCGCUAGAAAGGGAUAUCUCCAUUCUUCAGAUGAUGAUGAGCCUGUCAAGAUGUACGGCUGGCGCGGAUUUUUCAGAUUCCCUUUGAUCUUCGCCGUUGCAAGCGCUAUUGUUGUAGCACUCGCAUAUCUGAUUACCAAAGUCAACCCUCACAUAAUUUACAGCUCGGAGUAUGCUGUUUGGAGUAUGAUGCUCACCGCAUGGCUUUCGACUGCAUGGUUCUUCUUCCGUCUUGGAGACGCCGUUCGCCCAUCCGCACUUUCCCGCGCUUACGUUUUGAUUUGGCUCUAUGCUCUUUCCUGGCUCGGCUUGGUAGCUGCGACCAUCGGAGAGCAACGCAUGCGUUUGGGAUCUGGUUACUUCCUCAUCAUUUACAACGCAUCUGUGUUCUUGGCGUUGCUCAUCUCGUACCUCGAGUUCUUCGCACUUCCCAAGAAGAGUGUUUACGUCGAGCAGGUGACCUACGCAUCCGGAACCGCUCUUCCCAGUCCCGCUCGUAGCGGCAGUCUUGUUUCUCACAACGUCGUAGACCAUGACGAUGCUUCCAGAGGCAGGGCACCAGCUGCCAAUGACAACGAAGAUGCGGACGAGCGUACGUCGCUGCUCGGCUCGAGACAGACCUUCACUCGCUAUGGUCGUGAGACUCGUCGUCCCGAUGAGAACGAUGAUGCUGCAACCUCUGCACAUGUUCCCUCGACUAGCCAGGCUUACGAGGGUGAGCAAGGUUGGUCCGGUAGCCUUCCAAGCUGGGCCUGGCUUCUCCAGUUCCUGAUUUUGGCACCCAUCAACCUGAUCCUGAUCGGCCAAUUGGGUUUGCUCAUGACUUCGGCUCUGCAUCAGACACCUGCGGAUGGCAGUCCUGUUCUGAUCGUCUACCUACUGAUUGCUGCAACAUCUGUGUUGUUGCUAUUGCCCUUGACACCUUUCAUCCAUCGCAUGACCUACCACAUUCCAACCUUCCUCAUGUUCGUCUUCAUCGGUACUCUCAUCUACAACCUCGUAGCCUUCCCCUUCUCUCGCGCCUCUCGCCUCAAGGUCUUCUUCCUCCAACAGAUCGAUCUCGACCACGGCAACAACACCGUCGCCCUCACUGGCCUGUCCCCCUACCUUGAGUCCAUCGUCUCCCAAAUGCCAUCGGCCGCAGACAGUGGUUACCACUGCGCUGGCCCCGACUACGCCUUCUGGGCCUUUAGAGCAGGCCUUGACAGUUGUUCGUGGUCAGGCCCAGCCCCCAACGUCGUGCCUACCGCCUACAAACCCCACAACCCCAGCAUGCCAUACCCCAACAGCACGGUCUCGCUCGCCCUUGCGCGCAGACAAGCUCAAGCAGCCAAAUACGCCACCUGGCUCGACUUCAACAUCACCCGCCCCACCACAAACACCUCGACACGAAACUACACCUUCGACAUCCGCGGCUCCAACACCCGCGCCUGCCGCCUCUACUUCUCCACUCCUUUCGCAAACCUGACCGUCAGUAACGCAGGAGCCAAAGCAGAGGUCAUGAAACCCGGUAGGUUCCCAGCUCGAGAGCAGCGUGUGUACCUGUACAGCAGAGAUUGGGAUGCCAGGUGGAGUGUCAAUGUUACCUUUGAUCAUGAGAUUGAAAAGACAUAUGGCAAAACCGAGGGCAAGGUCAUGUGCGUCUGGAGUGAUGCUAACCAGGUUGGCAAUGUGCCUGCUUUCGAUGAAGUCAAGCAUUUCAUGCCCGUGUGGAGUGCUGUUACCAAGAACAGCGAUGGUUUGGUUGAGGGAUACAAGCAUUUCAGCCUUUGAAUUUGAUGUAAACCAUGGUGGAAGUUGAUUGAUCAAUGAAGAAGAGGAAAAUGAUACAUGCAUGCAUACGACGCUGUUGAUGUUGACGAUAAUGUCUCAUAUUGUCUGUCCCCUUUUGGUAUUCUCUGUUUUGCUUUUUUUUU